UCUCCUUUGUUGUUCUGACGGGCAAGGUGCCAGUGGGUUUUGUAAGCACCUGAGAACAGCAGUGACAAGUCGAGCCUGAGUCACAGAGGCACAGGUGGCUUUGGCAUUCCCCCACACAGUGGUCAGUAAGAGGCCACACGGGCAGCUCUCCAUGGAGAAAACGAAGAGGGAUGACCAUCAGGCUUUGCUCAAUGAAGGAGAGGAGAAUGAGCUGGAGGUGUUUGGCUACCAUACCCAGAAUCUGCGGAGAGCCCUGAGCCUUGUCAUAGCCAUCCUGACUCUUGGGGCCCUUCAGCUGAUGUUCUACUGGAGGCCUGAGUGGUGGGUGUGGACCACCUGCAUCCCCUGCCCCUUGCAAGAGGCAGACACAGUUUUGCUGAGGACAACAGAUGAAUUCCGAAAAUACAUGAGAAAAAAGAUCUUCUGCCUCCACUUAUCCACGCUGAAGUUCCCUGUAAGCAAGGACCCAGGGGACCCUCUGGUGGCUGACCGCCACUCUGUCAUCAACCAAGCUGUCACAAAGCCAGAAUUAAAACUCCGAUGCAUCCAAGUGCAGAAAAUCAGGUACGUGUGGGAUUUCUUGGAGAAGCGGUUUCGGAAAGUUGGGUUGCUGGAAGACGCUAACUCCUGCUUCGAUAUUCACCAUACCUUUGGUUCCGGCCUGACUAGUGAAGAACAGGAGGUCAGAAGGUUAGUGUGUGGGCCCAACGCUAUUGAGGUGGAGAUCCAGCCCAUAUGGAAGCUGCUCGUUAAACAGGUCUUAAAUCCAUUCUAUGUGUUCCAAGCCUUCACCCUCACUCUGUGGCUAUCUCAGGGUUACAUAGAAUACUCUGUGGCCAUCAUCAUUUUGACUGUUAUCUCCAUUGUCCUAAGUGUGUAUGACCUGAGACAGCAAUCAGUGAAGCUGCACAAGCUUGUGGAGGAUCACAACAAGGUCCAGGUCACAAUCAGCGUAAAAGACAAAGGUCUGCAGGAGCUGGAGUCCCGUCUCCUGGUUCCAGGAGAUAUUCUCAUUCUUCCAGGGAAACUUUCAUUGCCCUGUGAUGCUGUCCUGGUCGAUGGGAGCUGUGUGGUGAAUGAAGGGAUGCUCACAGGAGAAAGUAUACCUGUUACAAAGACAUCAUUGCCCCAAACGGAGAACACCAUGCCCUGGAAAUCCCACAGCUUGGAGGACUACCGGAAACACGUGCUUUUCUGUGGGACGGAAGUGAUCCAGGUCAAGCCAUCCGGGGAGGGACCUGUUAGAGCGGUUGUUCUGCAGACAGGUUAUAAUACAGCCAAAGGGGACUUGGUGAGGUCCAUCCUCUACCCCCGACCUCUGAACUUCAAACUGUAUAGCGAUGCCUUCAAGUUCAUGGUGUUCCUGGCCUGCAUCGGUGUUGUGGGAUUCUUCUAUGGCCUAGGUGUCUAUAUGUACCAUGAAGUUCCUCCGAGAGAAACUGUAACCAUGGCCCUGAUCCUCCUCAGUGCCACUGUGCCUCCCGUCCUCCCAGCUGCCCUGACCAUAGGCAACGUGUACGCCCAGAAAAGGCUGAAGAAGAAGAAGAUUUUCUGCAUCUCCCCACAGAGAAUCAACAUGUGUGGCCAGCUAAACCUCGUGUGCUUUGACAAAACAGGAACUCUCACAGAAGAUGGGCUGGACCUCUGGGGGACUGUCCCGACUGCUGGCAACUGUUUCCAGGCAGUCCACAGUUUUGCCUCAGGCGAGACUGUGCCCUGGGGCCCGCUGUGUGCAGCCAUGACCAGCUGCCAUUCCCUGAUCCUUCUUGACGGGACCAUCCAAGGAGACCCUUUGGACCUCAAAAUGUUUGAAGGCACUGGCUGGACUAUGGAAGCUUGCCAAGUGGCCUCCUGCAAAUUUGGUGCGUCAGAUUCAAGCACAGUAAUAAAGCCAGGACCAAAAGCCAGUCAGAGUCCCGUGGACACAAUCACCAUCUUGCGCCAGUUUCCGUUUUCCUCUGGCCUGCAGAGGAUGUCUGUGAUCGCCCAGCUGGCUGGUGACCUCAACCUGCAAGUCUACAUGAAGGGCGCCCCGGAAAUGGUGGCCAGGUUCUGCCGCCCUGAAACAGUGCCUAAGAAUUUCCCACAGGAGCUGAGGAACUACACAGUGCAAGGCUUCCGGGUCAUCGCCCUUGCGCAUAAAGCCCUGAAGAUGGAGAAGCUUUCAGAUGUGGCACGUUUAGAAAGGGAGCAAGUGGAGCUGGAGUUGGCAUUUCUGGGACUGCUCAUCAUGGAGAAUCGCUUGAAGAAAGAAACAAAGCCGGUGCUGAGGGAGCUGAGCGAGGCUCGCAUCAGGACUGUGAUGAUUACAGGUGACAAUCUUCAAACCGCCAUCACUGUUGCUAAAAAUUCUGAAAUGAUUCCUAUGGGCAGCCAGGUCAUCAUUGUUGAGGCUAAUGAGCCAGGAGACCUACUUCCUGCUUCUGUGACCUGGCAGCUGGUGGGGACCCAAGAGCCAGGCCCUGGGAAGAAGGAAACCUAUAUUGAUGUUGGAAACAGUUCUGGUGGGAAAGGUGGUUACCAUUUCGCGAUGAGUGGGAAGUCGUACCAAGUGCUGUUUCAGCAUUUCUACAGCAUGCUGCCCAAAAUUUUGGUUAACGGAACCAUUUUUGCAAGGAUGUCUCCUGGACAGAAAUCAAGCCUUGUGGAAGAAUUUCAGAAAUUAAAUUAUUAUGUGGGCAUGUGUGGAGAUGGAGCCAAUGACUGUGGGGCUUUGAAAAUGGCUCAUGCAGGCAUCUCGCUAUCAGAACAGGAAGCAUCCGUGGCAUCUCCCUUCACCUCGAAAACAGCCAAUAUCGAGUGUGUACCCCAUCUCAUCAGGGAGGGCCGAGCUGCUCUGGUCUCAUCCUUUGGCGUAUUUAAAUACUUGUCCAUGUACGGCAUCAUCCAGUUUAUCGGGACGUCACUUCUCUACUGGCAACUACAGCUCUUCGGUAAUUACCAGUAUCUCAUGCAAGACGUGGCGAUCACGCUGAUGGUCAGCUUAACGAUGAGCAUCAACCAUGCCUACCCGAAGCUGGCUCCAUACAGACCAGCAGGACAGCUGCUUUCUCCUCAGUUGCUACUCUCGGUCUUCCUGAAUUCCUGCUUCACCUGCAUCGUGCAGGUGUGUGCAUUUCUCUCCGUGAAGCAGCAGCCUUGGUACUGUGAGGUCUAUAAAUACAGUGAAUGCUUUCUGGUCAACCAAAGUAAUUCCUCAACCAAUACGAGUUUGGAGCAAAGCUGGACUGGAAAUGCAACUCUGGUUCCUGCUUCCGUUUUAAGUUUUGAGAGCACCACUCUGUGGCCCAUCAUCACCUUCAACUGUAUCUCAGCCGCGUUUGUUUUUUCUAAGGGAAAACCGUUUCGGAAACCCAUCUACACAAACUAUUUAUUCUCACUUCUGCUGACAUCUGCUGCGGGCCUCACGAUUUUCAUUCUGUUCUCUGAUUUUCAAGAUAUAUACCGUGGAAUGGAGUUCAUCCCAACUAUCACAUCCUGGAGAGUUUCAAUUCUGGUGGCAGCCUUUGUCCAGUUCUGCGUGGCCUUCUUUGUAGAGGAUGCCAUCCUUCAAAACAGGGAGCUGUGGCUGUUUAUAAAGAAAGAAUUUGGAUUCUACUCAAAAAGUCAGUAUAGGAUCUUGCAGAGGAAGCUGGCGGUAGACUCUACCUGGCCUCCCACGAACAGGACCGAUUAUGCAGACAUCGGCAAAAACGGGUUCUAUAUCAACCGAGCCUAUGAAAGCCCAGAAGAGGUCCCCAGAGGGAAGCUCAGACUGGGCGGGCAAGCUUCAGAACAGCACUUCUGGACCAGACUGUAGCCCGAGUUCCUGCCAUGCCUGUUCCACAACA